AUGCUUGACACUGGAAAACUCUCUUGGAAGCCAGGGCAACCCGUUCCAUACUCUCAUCUUGCCACCAUGUUUGAAAAGGUCGAGAAGGAGUCGAAGCGGCUGGAAAUCAUCUCACUGGUGACGGACUGUCUGCGAUCAGUCAUCGAGACAACUCCUGAAGACCUUCUGUUCUGCGUUUACUUGUGUGUGAACAAGCUUGCUCCCGCACAUGAGGGGGUGGAGUUGGGCAUCGGAGACAUGAUCUUGAAGAAGGCGCUUGCUGAGGCAACUGGCCGGCAGGUCAAAGACAUCCAGAGCGAUUAUGACAAGGUAGGAGAUCUUGGAACUGUUGCGAUGAAAUCGAGGAGCACACAGCGGGUCAUGUUUGCAGCGAAGUCGCUGACGGUACAAACGUUACACAAAAGUCUGCUGCAAAUCGCCAAGAUGACGGGGAAAGAUUCAGGGACUUUGAAGAAGGACAAGAUCAAGUCCCUUCUGGUCGCUGCCAAGGGUAUAGAGACGCAGUUCAUUGUACGGCACCUUCAAGGCAAGAUGAGGAUUGGCCUUGCUGAGCAGACGGUUCUCGUCGCACUUGCUCACUCCAUAGCCUUGAGCGUCCCACAAGGGACGAAGCCCAACAAGCAGAUACUGGAGAAGGUGUCCUGCCCAUGUUUCCUCAACCAGUUGAUCGAUUCUCUCCAGGCGGCAGAGACUUUGAGGGAAGUCUACAGUCAACUCCCUUGUUACGACAAGAUCGUUCCUGUCCUGCUGAAGGAGCCCAUCAACAACUUGCCGCUCAACUGCUACCUUCAGCCAGGCAUCCCAGUUCAUCCCAUGCUCGCGCACCCGACCAAGGGGGUCUCAGAGGUUCUCGACCGCUUUGCGGAUCAGACCUUCACCUGCGAGUACAAAUAUGAUGGUGAACGCGGACAAAUCCACAUGACCCCGGACGGAACGGUUCGAAUCUUCAGCAGGAACUCCGAGGACAACACCUCCAAGUACCCUGACCUCAUCGCCCUCAUGCCGAAGGUCAUCAAGGAACAGACCAAGUCGUUCAUCUUGGACGCAGAGGUCGUCGCCUACGACAGGGAGACGAAGAAGAUCCUACCUUUCCAGGUCCUCAGCACACGAAAGAGAAAAGAUGCCAACGAAGACACCAUCACUGUCCAGGUCUGCCUGUUCGCCUUCGACAUCUUGUACUACAACGGGGACCCGCUCAUCAAGAGAUCGUUCCACGAGAGGAGAGAGCUUCUCAAGAGCACCUUCACCGAGGUCGAGGGAUCCUUUGCCUUUGCCAAAUCCCGAGACGCCUCGGACACGGAAGAGAUCCUGGCGUUUCUCAACGACGCGGUGGCGGACAGCUGCGAGGGCCUCAUGGUGAAGACUCUCUUCGGCGACAGCUCGACCUACGAACCGGCGCAGCGCAGCCACAAGUGGCUCAAGGUGAAGAAGGACUACAUCGAUGGCAUGACGGACUCUCUGGACCUGGUUCCCAUCGGAGCUUUCUUUGGGAAGGGGAAGAGGACGGGAGUGUACGGCGCCUUCCUCCUCGCAUGCUACAACGAGGAGACGGAGGACUUUGAAGCUAUCUGUAAGAUCGGAACAGGCAUCAGCGACACUCAGCUCAAGGAAUUUUAUGAUGCUUUUGAACCGAUCAUUAUCUCAGAGCCCAAGUCUUACUACCAGUACGACGACUCUCCCGGCCUCCUUCCCAACGUCUGGUUCGAGCCCAAGAUCGUGUGGGAGGUGGCAGCAGCAGACCUGUCCAUCUCUCCCAAGCACAAGGCGGCCAUCGGCCUCGUCGAUGAGUCCAGGGGGAUCGCGUUGCGCUUUCCUCGGCUGGUGAGAGUGAGAGACGACAAGGGCCCCGAGCAGGCAACCUCAUCGACACAGGUAGCAGCCAUGUACAGAAAUCAGGCGGUUAUCGGACAGUGA